GCUAAGAUGUCUUGACACACACACACACACACACUCUCUCUCUGUGUUGACACACCCAGGCUUUGUUCUCAACAGCUGCGACAUGGAGAGCAGCAGACUAAUGGAGUUCUUGAAGGGGAAGAGCAUCCUGGUCACUGGAUCCACUGGCUUUUUAGCAAAGAUUUUCGUGGAGAAGGUGAUGAGGGUUCAACCGGACGUGAAGAGGCUCUUCCUCCUCGUGAGAGCCGCUGAUGCCUCGUCCGCAGAGAAGCGUGUGCAGUCCGAGAUAAUAGGAAAGGAGCUGUUCAAGGAUGUAAAAGACAAACAUGGCGACGGCUUCCAUUCAUUUGUUUCGAGCAAGCUGUUUCCUGUGGCUGGAGAUAUCGUCCAGCAAAACUUAGGCAUACGAGACUCCAACAUCAGAGAGAAGUUAUGGGAGGAAGUCGACAUUGUUGUCAACGUUGCAGCAACCACCAGCUUUGCUGAGAGAUAUGAUGUUGCUUUGGGUAUAAACGUUCUCGGAGCCAAACACGUACUGGAGUUUGCAAAGCAGUGUGUGAAACUACAAGUGCUUCUCCAUGUCUCCACUGCUUAUGCAGCCGGUGAGCAACGGGGACUUAUCUUGGAGAAGAGAUUUCGCAUGGGAGAAGCUCUCAAAGGGGACUCUUACCUGGACAUAGAAGGAGAACUGAGGCUGGUGGAUGAGAGGAGGAGGCUGCUCGGUGCUCAGAACGCCACCAAAGAAGCCGAAGCUCAAGCCAUGAAAGAACUGGGCAUAAAUAGAGCGAGGCUGUUUGGCUGGCCCAACACCUACGUCUACACCAAGGCGAUGGCUGAGAUGCUGCUUGGAGAACUACGAGGAAACCUGCCACUGGUUAUCCUGCGCCCAACCAUCAUAACAAGCAUUCAUCGAGACCCAGUGCCGGGUUGGAUCGAAGGAACAAGGACGAUAGACAGCCUGAUCAUGGGCUACGUGAAGGGGAAGAUCACAUGCUUCUUCGGAGACCCUGAGACCGUCGCCGACAUGAUACCCGGAGACAUGGUGGUGAAUGCCAUGAUUGCGACCAUGGCAGCUCACUCGAGACAGCCGUCUGAGUUCAUCUACCACGUGAGCUCCUCCGUGAGGAAUCCAGUGCAGUACUCCACUUUGCAGCAGUGUGGGUUUCGUUACUUCCUCGAGAACCCUCGUGUAGGGAAGGACGGGAAAGUCAUCAGGACAAAAAAGCUUCCUGUGUUCAGGAACAUGUUCCUCUUCCGCGUGUACAUGACUCUGAGAUACAAGCUGCCAUUGGAGGGGCUGCACCUGGUCAAUCUGCUAUCUUGUGGACGCUUCGCACGCAGAUACGAUGAACUCAACCGGAAGUACAAGUUCGCAAUGCAUCUUGUCGACCUCUAUGAACCCUAUGCCUUCUUCAAGGGCUGCUUUGAUGAUCUCAACUUGGAAAGGUUGAGAAUGGCAAUGGGAAAGGAUGACGCUGAGGCUGGGAUGUUUGAUUUCGACCCCAAGCACAUUGAUUGGAAGGACUACUUCUACAACAUUCACAUCCCAGGUGUACUGAAAUAUGCAUGCAAGUGAACCAUUAAAUGGUUGUGUUCCGGUUCUACUUCUUCCAUCUUCUCGUCUUUCCAUUUGUUCUUGCCACAGGAAUCAAUUUGGUUCUACUAGGGAACAGUAUGAUGUUGUUGUACUAUCAGUUUGAAGGUUGCUUUUACUGGGAUAUAAAACCAAGAUAAAGAAUGCUACAAGGAUGAUGGCAUUUUGCUGCA